GAGGAAGAAAAUGGCCGACGAGGCUACGGUAAAAGGGCAGGGACGUCGUGCGAGGUGCGCGCUGCGCGACACGAGAUUGCCAGUUUCGCGAUAGACCGCGCGAAAAAAGGGCCGUGGAACAUCCGCGUAGGAAGGCCUCUCGUCGUCGUGGGCGCUCGCGAUCGCGCGUCCCUACGGGAAACCGCACCGGGACUCGGAGUCGAGGACUGGAGCCGCCGUCGCCGUCGUCGCCGUCGUCGUCGAUCGUCGCACGGUGGCCCGAUUCGCCGUUUAAAAAAGCGUUCUCGCGUAUCCGAGAGUGGCGGACGUGCGGACGGACGGAAGGGCUCGCCGAGAGAUAGAUCCAGCUAGCGAGCCGUAUCGCGUUAAUUAAAAUCUACAAUGGCAGUUAGGUAGUUGUGGAAAUUAACGUUAGACACUCGUGAACUUCAAGCGUAUUUUUAUCCUAUUGAAGAUGUAAAGAACACAACCAUAAUGAAGCCACAGAAGAAGGCUGUUGUUGCCAAAAAGGCAACGAAAAUGCCAACAGUCGCCAAGAAACGUCGCACACCUACAGAGAAGACUAUGCCCGAUGUGAGAAAGGAGAAGAAAUCGAAGAAAAAUGACAAACUGGAAGAUCCAAAGAGGAAGGUCGAGAAUGAGAAGAAGAAGUUGGAGAAGGCAGAGGAGAAAAAGAGACUCGACGACAAGAAGAAGAUAGAGGACAAGAAGAAGGAACGAUCCGAGAAGCAGGAUGAAAAGAAGAAACAGUUAAGGGAUUGUGAGAAAAAGUCCGACAAAAUUGACGAGAGGAAGGUAGACGACAAGGUGAUCAACGAAGAGACCGGUCAUGAGAGCGUGGACAAGAAAAAGUUGCAAAAGUGUGAGGAGAAAAUGAAAUUGGAAAAGCAAUCUGUCGAUAACAAGAAGAAAAUUGAGAAAACGGACGAUAAGAAGAAGAACGUGAAAUUGGACGAAGCGGAAGAUAACUCGAAAUCUCUAAACACGACGGAAGAUAAGGAUGCGCUUGAAGAUAAGAACGAUGCUCUCUCCCCUUCCUCCAAGAAAAGGAGCAAAGAUGAAAAGAAGAAGGAUGUUAAGCCGGUCAAAUCUGAUGUCAAGUCAAUAUCAAAGAAUUCUACGGCCAAGGACAAGAAAUCCGAUCGCAAAAAGGUCCCGGAGAAAGACUCGGCGAGCAAUAAAAUCAGCACCGCUAAAGCGAAGAAAGAUCCGAAAGCGAAGCAAGGCCAGAAGAAGAGUGGUAUUGCGAGAAAAACAGUUUUGACGAAGAAGCCUCACUUAUCGGUGGUCAAGAAGCUGGUGGAUAAGAAGAUCAAGCUGAUUAAGCCGAUGAAGGACGAGGAGGUGAGCGAGAACGAGGACACGACGACGAAGAAGACGAAGAAGAAGAGCGCCGGCAACAUCGCCAAGGGUAAAGUUCUGCAGGAGAAGAAAUCGAAGCUGACCAAGCAUAUGAAAGCUAAGUUACCUCCGAAACACUCCAAGAUCAGCACCGUUCUGAAGAAGGAGGACAAGCUGAAGAGCAUUACGGAGAAAAUCAUGGCCAGGAGAAAGAUGGAACUGAAGGAGUUCGAUCAAGUCUCGGCCGAGCACAAGAAGAUCGUCAGUAAGGACGAGACUUGCCAAGGACCGGAAAUGAGCAGCAUCAAGAGUGAGAUUGAGGAGGACAAGGAUCCGGACAAGAGUAAAGAGGAGGGCACUUGCGCGACCAAGUUGCAGGAUAAUAAGAAAGCUAUCAAAAGCGGCGGCAAAAUCAGCGGUAAGCCACCGAAGAAGAACGGCAAGACAACGAAGGUACAAACGGAGAGCAAUAAUCAAACAUCGGCCGCGUCCGAGGACGGACCCUCCGAGGAGUUCAACAAGCAGUCCAAGCUGCACGAGGACAGUGCCAAGUCCACCGUGAAUUCUAAGCUGGAGCAGAUCGGCACCGAGAAUACGAUGGAAUUGGAUCUAAAGAUCGAGGCGAUGAAUGGCGGCGAGAGCGCCAGCGGCGUCACAUCUCAAUCCGACUUCGAGGGCGAUUCUGACGACGAGUGCAAGAAGGGCAAGCAGCGGGGAGACGCGAAGAGCAAAGAGAGGGCUAACUCGCCGUCGGACGAGCGCGCGCGACGAAUGCGACUUUUUGGCUUCUGGAGCGGACCAAAACGACACAGGGUCGCGUCAUUGAAUGCCUUGGCUAAAGUUCACUGCCUCUACGAAAACGAAACCGGUGGGGUUUAUCUCGGCGGUUAUUGCAAACCGAAGCCCGAGAAGGAGAAGGACAAGGACAAGGAGAAGCCGAAGAAGAUGAAGGAGGAGAAGGAAGAGCAACAGCAGCCGCCGCCGCGUAAAGAGAAGGAGAAGAAGGUCGAAUGCAAAACGGAGGAGAACGUGCUGAAGAGGAAACUGAGGAACGUGCCGGGUCUCCGCGGCAAACACUGGGAUAUGAUGGAGAGUUCGUCAUCCUCGUCCUCCUCGGACGAGGACUGCGAGAAGGAGAAGAGCGUCGAGCCGAGCAAGAAGAAGAUGAUCAAGAGGCGGCGGCGGAACGAGGAGGUGAUGGACCUGAAGGACAUGGUUGUUUGCAAGAGGAUGGCCAGUCUUAAUGCCACUGCCAUUUUGGCUGCUUCCUACUCCGAUGAGAAAAAUCGUUGUGGUAGCAGCAGUGAUUCCUCCAGCGAAUCGGAAGUAGAGAUAAUUAAGAGACGUAGACAAAACGACUCCGACAUAGAUAAGAAGAAGCCCCGGCAAGGCUCCGAUCCGGAGGAGGUUAUUAAGCCAUCCAAGAAGGUUGUCAUCGUUAACCAAGACACGGACGUCACUAUCACCGGUGUUUACGUCAAUCAGACCCGAUCCACCCAUCACGAGGGCUUCUGCAGUAUCGCCGGUAUGCAGUACAGGAUCAGUUCCACCAGCCACACUCAAACUGCAGCUACCGCGGUGGCCACGGAGCUUCACGACCAGCAAAAGCCAGAACAGCCUUGCAAGUCUUACACACCGCUGGGUGCGUUGUCUUCUAUGCAGCCGCCGGGUAGCCAAGGCAAUCAUCCCGACAUGUCACCUCGCAGGCACUCGGCGUUCUCGGCCCCUCAUCAGCAUGGGUAUUAUCAGCCGGCUGGUCCACUGAUACAGCACCCGCCUACCUUACCACCCGUUAAAGGUCCACCUCCGGAACCGACGCCCACGCCUCCGCAAAAUUCCGAGGGUUCCGAUGACUUGGUGGCGACCUCCACGACCUCCGGAGGCACGAGCAGUACAGGUGGAGGCUUUUAUAGGGCAUAUUGCCCGCAGUACUACGGCACGCCGCCGCAGUAUCCGGAUCUGUGUUAUCCGCCGACGUAUUCACAUCCUCACCCUCAUCCGCCGCAUUACUACAAAUACGCGCCCUACAGAAGGCAAUACUAUGGCUAUCAAGAGUCCGGUGGGGGAGGCGGACCGCCUGGCAGCGGGGCCGCCGGGGGUGGCCCUGGAGUCGUUGAUUACCAGCCGCCACCGCCGCCCGGCGAAUAUCCGUUGCCACACUAUUACACACACGGGGCAUAUCCCCCGCCCCCUCCGCCGCCGCCACCUCCACCGAAUCCGGCAUAUCUGCAUUCUCAGGGAAGACCUUUCGUAGACCCCUUUCAGGGAUGUCCAUGCCCGAUGCAAUCGUGUCCAAAAAACGUGGAUACUGGGGCCCUUAUUGGUAAUGGUAAGGGAGCGCCAGUGAUAUCGGGGACCGGUCCGUCAUUGCCACCCAGUGCUUUGGUAGGUCCGCCCUCGCCGGCGAGGGGGUUAGCCGGGCUUGCACCCCCUCACGGUGCCAACGCAUGGGAUACGGAACGCGUCCAACUCAACGCAUCGCACCGCAACCUCAAUCAGAACCAGCCGACUUCGGUCCCGCCGUCGCACAACCUGGUCAGUGGGCCUCACAGUCGCCCUCAGGGUCAAGACUGUAGAAGUAGUAGUAAGGACGAGAAAAAUUGUACAGAAGACAAGAUGAGAAAGUGCGCUUGUCAGAAACACGCGUGCACGUCUACUUGCGAGGUCAAGGUGGAAACGCUAUCGCCUACUGAGAAACUGUCGGUGGCGGCGAGCUGUCCCGGUAGUAAAUUUCACAAUUUCAAGAUGGAGAACAACAACGUGAAAUGCGAAUCAUGCAGUAUGGAGCUCGGCGACGGGCUGCCGUGCGUCGCCAACUGCAACGUCAAGUGCGAGUCGGAUUACAAGUGCGACAUCAUGAAGUGCGAGCAGUGCAUGAAGGAGGGCGGGAUCGUCCUGGAGCUCGACAAGAACCCCGGCAUCGUGCUGGACGACAAGCUCGACGGCGACCCCAACGUCAAGGAGGAGCUGGACGUAGUGGUAAUCGAGAAUGAGAAUUGGAAAAAGCCCGAUUACGAGCCGACCGUGCGGGAGACAGUCGACGACAAGCGGGAAGAAGAAGAUCAAGAGGAAGGUGAGGAAGGAGAAGAAGCGGUGGCGGAGACGCCGCCGGUGGCUGAAGCCGAGGAGCAACCGAGAUGCCAGAAGGUGACGAAGAGGAAGCUCUCACUGGACAGCCUGUCGGACAGCAGGAAGAAGAGAAAGACGAGCAAGCGAGCUCUGUCGGUAGGCUCGUCCCAGGACAACAACAACGUGGAAAACGAGCUGCCGUCGGCGAAGAUCAUCGCGCCGAUCGAGCCGUUGCCGAACAAGACGGACGCCGUCAGGACGGUGGAGACGAGCGCUCCGAAGAAGAAGCAAGUCAAGAAAGAGGCCCAGAAACCGGACAAGACCAAGCGUAAGGCGGAGGGCCCGAACGCGUCCGAGAGCGCGUCGAAGAAGGCGAGACCCAGCAAGCAGAGUAUAAACAAUUGCACGGUGAACUGCGUGAAACAGGCCGCCAGCGACACUUCGAUCAUGGAGACCAUCGACAAUGUGAUCCAACAGAGCCUGCAGAUGACGCAGAGGAGGGAGCGCAAGAAUAAGAACUGCGAGCGCGCGGACAAGAAGAAGAAGCAGUUCGACGCCGAGGCGCCGCCGUUGGCGCUGAAGAAGAACGCGAAGAAGAGCGCCGAGCCGCCGAAGGAGCCCGCGGUGACGGUCGAGAAACAGCCGGCGAAGUUGACCGCGAGGAACGGCCAGGCCAAGGGCAAAGCGGACGCGAGAUCCAAGUCCAAGGUCUUGUCAGCGCAGGAGAUCGCGAAGAACAAAGGCAAGGGCAAAGUCAGCAAGAUCGUCGAGGCCAAAGUCCAAGAGACCAAGUCGAGGACGCAGGACGCCAAGUCAAGGGACGCCUCGAAGAAACGCUGCGACGCCACUUUACCCAAGGCCAAGGCGAGCGUCCCCGACGUCGUGCCCGAUGAUCCGAAGAAGUUGGCCGCGAACAACAAAAAGAAGCGGAAGAACGCGAAGAAGCCGAGCGUAAAGAAGCAAACGUCCGGCGGCAAGGUGGAGGAUCCCUCGACCGGGAACGAGAGCGUGGUGGUAACGAAAAGGAUCUUCCUGAAGCCGCGGUGGAGCAACGGUUGGAGCUGGGAGGGCGAGCCUUUCGAGAGCAGGGUAUAUCUAACGAACGAGGAAUACGCGACACGGCGCUGUUACGCGAGCAUGAGGCACGAGAGCGGGGACGUGCUGAGGCCCCUAGACUGCGUGUUGCUGAAAAGCGGCCCACGCAGGGCCGAUUUACCGUUUGUAGCGAAAAUCGCCACCCUCUGGGAGAAUCCGGACGAUGGCGAAAUGAUGUUUUCGCUGCUGUGGUAUUACCGGCCCGAGCACACGGAACAGGGUCGAACGGAGUACGACACCGAGGACGAGGUGUUUGCUUCGCGUCAUCGAGAUGCAAACAGUGUCGCUUGCAUAGAAGACAAAUGUUAUGUCCUAACAUUUAACGAGUACUGUCGGUACCGUAAAAAUUUACGGAGGAUCGAAGAAGGUUUAGAAAAUCCUGGCUUGAUAGUUCCGCCAGGGGACCAAGUGUAUCCGAGGGAGGGUCGGCAGCCUCCUAUAACGGCAUCGUCGGACGUGGUGCUGUUCUGCCGACGUGUCUACGACUACCGCGGGAAGAAGCUCAUGAAGAACCCCGGAUGACUCGACUUCCUGUAAGAUGCCUCGAAUAGGAACCAACGGGAUGCGCUACGUUCCGAGAACAUAUUAAUUACGAAAACUGGCCGCAGGUCUCCCUUCAGGCGUUUAAUCGCGUCGCUGUUGAUCGAUUUGUCUUGAUUUCGAAAGGGGCAACGAGACCCGAUCGUGAUCCCGAGGUGAUCAGCGGCUUCCGCUCUUUUCCGCUUCUCUCCGCGAUCGGGCGGAUCUUAUCGAUAUCCGCGAGGAGUGACAAGCGGUACCUUCGAUCGCGCUUACAAAACGACUCGACGAGAGGGUGGAGAAGGUGGACGCGUGGAGUUGGCACGCCUCGAUCGGCGAUCGGAUCUCCUUCUCACCUUACUAAACGCGUAGAUAGAUUCUUAGAAUGUUGCGAGAAUGCGCGGGGGAAAAGGGAAAAGAAAAAAAAGAAGAAGAAGAAACAAACGCGAGGAAAGAGAGCCAGGAAAAGAGAGAAAAAUGGCACGUCGUAUACACAAUAUAUAUCGUAUACACAUAUAUAUAUUUAUAUUCGUAUAAGGCUAAAUAUCCCUCUAUCGCCGCUUAUAUUAAUCCGUCUUUUUAUCCUGCUCGUCUGCGAUACCACAGAAAUCAUGAUGAAUCGUUCAUUAAUUCUGGUGAUAAGACCCGUCGUUGCAGCGUCGCGGACUCGCGACUACGCGGAGAGAGCCGAAUGAGAAGACACGCGUCACGUAGAUCACGCACUAGUCCUGACGCGCGAUAUUCCUUUUUCCUCUUUUGCCUCUCUCCCCCUAUUCCUAUCUCUUCUGCCCUCCCAAGAAGGGCUCGCAUUGUCACACGCGCCGCACAUGUUCCUCUCCCGUGGCCGGCCGGACUCUCUCACUUGGACUCUCUUUCUCUCUCCCGCUCCGCGGGAUUCAAUCGAGAUCUCUCGCGCUCUCUCCAGUCGGUGACGCGAGUCCGCGACGCAUCGUGAUGCAACGCGUCGCGUCGAUAACGUGUAAGCUGUUUCUAGGGGGCGAGUUAGUGGGAUUUGACAAUUUUAUAGAGAGAAUCAUAUUUUUUGUGAGAUAGCAUUUACAACAAUACACUUAAAUGAAUAUUUUUCACAUAGGAGGUACAAAUGCGCGGCAGAGACGCGCGAGCGUGUCACGGCGCCUUCGGCUUGAAGGGAACCUACGAUCAGUUGUCGACAGAUAGGAAUCAAAAAGCAGCGGCAGAUCGAACUCGACCAUUUAGCGUGAAUAGCGACAUAAGUGUUGUACUAAGUCCGAUCGGGCCCCGUGUGCCGCCCGAUGCGAGGGGCGACCAGACAUCAACGCGUGUGCGACAUCAUUGUUAGACACUCCCAUUGAAUCCCGUGGAAAAUAUAUCCCGUGUUUUGCACCCAUCCGCCGAGGGAGACGUAUCCUCCUCUGAAACCGCGCGUAUGCGUCACCUUUAUGAGCGUUCAAUCAUCGCGGCGAUGAAAAAUGCAUUUUUACGGUUGGUGCCGGAGCGGGCACGCGAAAUGCACGGAGAUUAGAAGUGGCUCGAUUCCACCACUGAGGUUGCGACUGAGGUUUGCACUCAGCGAGACGUCAAUAUUUUGGUACUGUACUAUAUUUUUUGACGAUUUUUACUCCAAUGAAAUUUUGACAGUGCAUAAUUUUUAUUUUGUGAAUUUAGUGUCGGCUUGCCCCUUUGGUGGAUCUUUGACGGAUAAUCGUCAGCGUUGUCUGUUUUGACGAUCAGGUUUAUUAUGUUGCAUUGAAAAACUAUAUCAUGUUCUACCGUGAAGUAUUCACAAUCUGACAUGUGUCAAACACAUGCACAAUUAGAUAUUUUCGCACAACAAUUAUCCAAUAGUUUCUAGCUAUAUACAAACGAUCGAGGUCCUCAAAGCAUUGUGAAGGAGAAGAAUCGCGCCAUUUCUAAUUAAGACGCCACGUAAGGAGAUCUGUUUGUAAGUUUUUGAAUACGCAAUGAUAAGAGGUCCGAAAGAGAUUCAGAAGACACAGAACAUCGUCGGGAACGUUUGUGUUUUUGGACCCGUUACGCACCGCGAGUCCCUUCUAAAUAUAGAUUCGAUUUAUUUUUUCUCCUUUUUUUCUUUUUGUACGAUUAUUCCUUUAUUUGGGUCACGAUCUCUGAACUAUAUCAAGAACGAAAAGCGUAAUUGUAUAUUUUCUUUAUAAACUUUUUUGGUAUAUGUAUAUCAUUUCGAGUCAAACCGAGUCACACCGAGCAUUAUUGCUGUGUAUCGAGAACGCGUGACACGAGAAGCUUAACCCUUGACUUCUCGGAGAUCUCGAUCUUAACCGAGUUCGCUCGCGAAUUGAGCGCGUUGCUGGAACGCAACGGAAAUUAAGUCACUCGGAGAGAAUGCGACGGAAAGGACGAAUGUAGAGUGAAUGGCGGUGAUGAGGUUCACGCUCGCCGUUUGAGAGAAAAGUCGAAAGUUACAUAACACGCGAAAAGCGAUCCACGUUAGCGUAUAAGAUGUGUUAAGGCUACGUUCGCGUUUGAGGGUUAAUUUUCUCAUGCGAAUUACAUCAUUGUGAAAGUUUACGAAAAUUCACGAGGUCGUCGAUGAUGAAGGACUUCGGAAUGCAGUUAUUCUGUGGAAAUUUCGAGUAAACGUUAAUAUUUGUUGAGUGACGGGUGUGUGUUUUGUUAGAAACCAUAUUAUUUAAAAUUAAUAUAUUGAUGAUAUAGGAUUAUUAUUUAAUAUCUAAUAUAUUGGACGUAUAGAUGUUAUACAUAAGUUAUUUUCCGCGAGUGAGAGAGAGAGAGAGAGAGAGAGAGAGAGAGAGAGAGCGAAAGCAAGAGCAAGAGAGAAUGAGAGAGAUUGAGAGAGAGAAAGAAAGCGAGAGGACUAGAGAGAAAGAUUAAUGCGCGCGGUGUGGUGCCUGCAUGUGUAUGUGUACGUGCGAGAGAAUGGAAGAGAAAGAGAGAUAGAGAACAAGUGAAGAGAGGAAAACAAUAAGCAACUAAUCAGGAAAUAGGCGAGUAAACUGGAAAUCUUGUAGUGAAGGAGGAGAGUGUGAGAAAAAGAAAAUAGGAAAUGUAGCGAGAGACCGUAUUUGUGAGAAAGAGACAACUCGUGAUAAUACCAAAAGGUUCUUCAAUUUACAAAAGAAAAAAGGAAGAAAAUCUUUCCGUUGCGAUACGACGGUGCGUUGCUCGUGACGCGCAUCCGGUAACGCACACUCGACGUCGGUGCGCUCCGAUAUAAUCGACGAGGUAUCGAGACUCCUAGUGUUUACGUAAAACGCCGUACACUCACGCGUGGGUGGAUUUCGCAGAACGGACGCAGUUCCAACCGAACGCCCGAGUCCUCACGCAACAACAAACGCACUUCCGCUUUCCUCCGUGUUCAUCAAUCGGGAGAUCGAGAGAGACGAUAGGUAUAUAGCACCCCCCGUCAUUAAACACGUCUGUUAUAACACGUAAAUUCCAAAGAAAACGCCGAGCUCGCGAGGGGUGCGCAAAUCGCGGCGCUCGUCGGUAAUCCACCGGGUUCUUGCGUAAUCUUUUUAUAGAUAGUUUUAUAUUGCUUUUUAACGAGUAACGGAAACGCGUGAGAGAGCGAGAGAAAGAAAGAGAGAGAGAGAGAGAGAGAGAAUGAGAAAGAGAGAGAGAGAGUGAGUGUGAAACCGCGCAAAACAUAGAUUUUUUUCUAUAAGGAAAGAGUGAGAAAGAGAAGAAGUGGAAGAUAAAAAUAGCGAAAAAUGAAACAGGACGAACACUCGCCAGAGAGAUGUGCGAAAAAGAGAAAGAGAAAAUAGAAGUAGUUACACACGUGCGUCACUUGACACCUUGCUGUCGCAAAAUCGCGAAAAUCGAAACGAAAUAGACGGACCGCGCGCAUGUAAAUAGCCGCGUAUAUUCGCGCGUACGUGUGGUAGUACUAUAGAAAAUGGGGGGAAAUACAAAAAGAAACGAGAAAAGCGCGGCGCGAGCCGCACGCGCACGUAUGCGGGUGUAAUUUUCACGAAUCUACCUACCUACCUACCUACCUACCUACCUACCUACCUACCUACCUACUUGCCUACCUACCAACCUACCUACCUACCUACCUACCUACUUACUUACCUACCUACCCUAUUUACCCACCUACCUAAUUACCAACCUAUCUUCCUACCUUCCACCUAACCCAUCUAUCUUCCUAUAUCUAUCUAUCCACCUAUCUUCCACCUAACCCAUCUAUCUAUCUACUUAUCUACCUUUACGACAUGGUUAACAUGGGAACAUUGCGCACGAAUGCAUAUCCUCUGUUCAUUUGACGUAGUCGACAAAGUUUUUCCAUCAGUUGCGAGAGAGCGAUGCGAAGCUCUCUCUCUUUUCGGUCGUUCGUAAGGACUGCUCUCGUGUUCAUGCGGGACGUGCGAAGCCCGCAGCUCCCUCCCUUCGUCUCCUGCCCUCCCGCCACCCUCCUUGCAUCCGCUUUAAUCAAAAUGCAACAAGUGUCGGCCGCGCGCGCGCGCUUGUCGAGAUCGGGUGUCGUAGGUCGCGUCGCGUCGAAUAGCUCGCGAAAUAUCGUGCCGAGCGCGACUGUUGACUCUCUGGCCUCGGAUUUUUUUCGUUGCUCGGGGUAGAUGCGAUCAAACUGCAAGUGCCGACCUCCGCGCGACGACGGACAGAUAUGACAGAUGUAUUACAUAUGUAUAUUUAUCGAAUCAGACGUCGAUCGGACGUUAUCGCGAACAAGGAUGUUAAGAGAGCGAAGGAACGUUUUCGCGUCGGAUCGGCGAAGGAAAUCGGGACUCGAGACCGCGCGGCACAUCCUCGAUAGCGAAUGAGCACCGUUUCGGCGAAAAAUCGAGACGAGAGCGAGGAAAAGAGACGAGGAAAACGUUCCGUCGCCGUUUCCAUCGCGACCACUACUCGCCCGAUCUCGAGAACGCGACCGCUGCCUGCGAGCGAAACGAGCCAGUGAACUUUCAAUACGCGCGGCGUUACGCGGUUCGCCGUGCGGAUAGUGGAUUUCUCUUCUGGUUUAUUCGUCGGAGAAAAACGGAAGAGCCGCGAAAGAGUGAGAGAGAAAGACAGAGAGAGAGAGAGAAAGAGAAUGAAAGAGAGAAAAAGAGUGAAAGAAAGAGAGAGAGAAAGAGACGCGCGAAAAAUUUUGUAAUCGUAGGCGAGUGCCUCGUUCUCUGCGAGACUUGUACGUCCUGCCACGGUGUGUGUUUCUCUCAUUUGUACAGACGUAUUUUUGAAAACGUAUCGCGCGGUGUAUACCGGGUUGAGGAUCAAAUUAUCCGGAAACGCGACCGGAUAUACGGAUCGUAUCCGAUCCAAUUGUCCAAAGAUACGAGUUUUCGGAUCAUCGGUAAUAACGUUUAUUUGUAUUAGUUGGUCGAGUUUUGUAAACAGGGACGACGGCUCUUGACGCGCGCAUCCCGAGCAAAUUCCGUUCCCCUUGCGAGGGGGAGAGUUCCAUCUGUUUUUCCUUUCUUUUAUUUUUUUCCUUUGCAUCGCGAUAUAUCACUUUAUAUCUUGUUACUAUAAAGGUAUGCACGUAUUCGUUUAUCUCAUCUGUAUCGCUGCUAACGCGUAGAUUCCUACAAUUAGUAUUUCCUAAGAGUAUUUCGUAAUACUUUGAGAUACCAAAUAAACUUUAUAUAGGUAUAUUUUAUAUAAGUAUAGAGAUAUAUUAUUAUGUGAAUAAAGUAUGAAUCGCAUUUUUUUUUACGUACACGUAUAUCGAUAUCGUCGCAUGAAUUUGGACCGCUUGGCUUGGGAGUAACGAGAGACGCCGAAGCUUUCAAAACGCGGGCUGAGAGUAUCGUUCACGUGCCGCAAACGCGCUUCGUCUGUGCACUCCAUACACGCACUCUAAACACAAACAUAUACACAAACAUACACACACAAACCUUCUGAUUUAGUUUGUCGUAAAUUGUUCCCGAGAAAACAAAUGAAUUGGGGAUUCGUACGAUCCGACCCAAAUCGCGUACAUCCAAAACGAAUAAAAAUAAACGUACAUUUAAAUAAACAUGUACCUCGCAGCUGUCGAUCGUAAGUGCCAAUCCAAGUAGCUGAAUUGAAGAGUUUUGCGGUAAUGUCUAUAUAUUAAAAAAAAAAAAAACAAAACGCCUGCGUUUCUUCUUUUCAUUUUCUCAUCCGCGGGGAACGACGUAUGUCCCGCGGUGAUCGCGGUAACGCGACAUCGAGUUCGCUCAUUUGUUUCUCCAGAAUCAUUGUACUUAGUUCGCGUCGUGUGCGCGCGCGCGUGCGCGUGAAUAAACGGACAAAAAGAUAAGAAUCGUUGUGAGAAAUGCACAAGGCUCGCAGACCGACCGCGCGUCCCUUCGAAGAAGCGAGGCACGCCUAGGAGACACGACACUCCAAAUGCUUGUAACUGUAAAUCGUCAUCACGUAGAGCGUCUUGAACUAAGUACUGUUGACAGAAAUAAACAAGAAGUCUAAUUUA